GCCUCUGGGUGACCACACCAUCUCAUUGUAGUCUCUCCUGCUCAUUCUGAGACACAAGUGCCAUCAAGAUGUCAAACCCAUUCCUGAAGCAAGUGUUCAACAAGGACAAAACGUUCCGGCCCAAACGCAAGUUCGAGCCUGGCACGCAACGCUUUGAGCUCCACAAGCGUGCACAAGCUUCUCUGAAUGCCGGGCUGGACCUGCGGCUAGCUGUGCAGCUGCCACCAGGUGAGGACCUCAACGACUGGGUGGCUGUGCAUGUGGUGGACUUCUUCAACCGAGUCAACCUCAUCUAUGGCACCAUCAGUGAUGGCUGCACUGAGCAGUCGUGCCCAGUCAUGUCCGGGGGCCCCAAGUACGAGUACCGAUGGCAGGAUGAGCAGCGCUACCGGAAGCCCACUGCACUCUCUGCGCCCCGCUAUAUGGACCUGCUCAUGGACUGGAUCGAGGUGCAGAUUAACAACGAGGACAUCUUCCCAACCAAUGUCGGCACACCAUUCCCCAAGAACUUCCUGCAGGCAGUGCGCAAGAUCCUGUCACGGCUGUUUCGAGUGUUCGUGCAUGUGUACAUCCACCACUUCGACCGCAUUGCACAGAUGGGCUCAGAGGCUCACGUGAACACCUGCUACAAGCACUUCUACUACUUUGUCACCGAGUUCAGCCUCAUUGACCCCAAGGAGCUAGAGCCCCUGAAGGAAAUGACCUCACGGAUGUGUCACUGAGGGUCCAACCUGGCUGCCGAGAGUCACGGAGACAGCUGCGAAGUUCAUGUCAGCUUUAUACAGCCUGUGUCUCAGGAGUGCCACACCCGAAUGUCACCAUCAGAGGAGCAGAGGGACUCUGGCUCCUUCCUCUCAUAGUGACUAUGAGCCCUCCAACUCUGACCUGUCCCCUUGCCUGUCUCCAGGGGGCUGAACUUGAAUUCUGUAACACUGUGUGCCCCUAGCCACCAGGCUCACACUGUGAUUGUAUCACAGCCUCUGGCGGGAGGCAGGAUCUGGAGCCAUUGCCAACCACCCCCUUGUUCCUUCUCUGUAUCUGUCCAGCUUUGCAACUAUGGCUUUGGUAUGUGUAGGUACAACUCUGUCCCCCUCUUUCCAGCCUGGAAUGGGAGGUGGCACCAGGUUUCCUCCAUUCAGAGCCACACUCUACGUGGUGACCACAUGGGCAGCAGCCAUACCUCUAAAGAUGCCCUAAUGUGCCAAGCCCUCCUCUGCCCAGCCCUGCCCUCAGGGUGUACUUCUGAUCAUUGGGCAUUGCCAGAACUUUCCACCCACUCUGCCUGGCACUUCUGGAUGAUGUGCCACUCCAACACCCCCUGGGAAGGACUCCCAGCACUGAGUGUUCUGAGGUCUUUGCAGGGUCAGAAGAGUACAGAUGCUGCAUGCUUGUGAUGUCAGCACUCAGGAGGCAGAGGCAGGAGGAUUGCUGCAAAUCAAGGCCACUCUGCCCUCUACACUGAGAGUCAGGCAAGCCAGGGUCUCAUAACAAGAUUGUCUUAAAAAAGAAUUGUAAAAGGCAGCUGGGUAGUGAUGAUGCACACCUUUAAUCCCAGGACUUGGGAAACAAAGGCAGGCAGAUCUUUGUGAGUUCGAGGGCAGCCUGAUCUACAGCGUGAGUUUCAGGACAGCCAGGGCCACAGAGGGAAACCCUGUCUCAAAAAAACAAAAAAAAACAAAAAAAAAAUUAUAAAGGGAUGGCUCAGUGGGUAAAUUGUUUGCUGAAUAAGUGUGAGGACAAAAGUGUGGCCCCAGCAUGUAGGGGAAACCAGGUGUGGUGGCAUUUGUCAUCCCAGCCUUAGUCACAGACAACUCUUGCCUCUGCCUCCCGAAUGCUGAGAUUCAAGGCAUGCACCACCACACCUAGCCCAUCUGGAUUUUUUUGUUUUGGUUUUGGUUUUUUGGUUUUUCAAGACAGCAUUUCUCUGUAGCUUUGGAACCUGUCCUGGAACUCACUCUGUAGACCAGGCUGCCCUCAAUUCAGAGAUUCACCCUUCUCUGCCUCCCAAGGGCUGGGAUUAAAGGCAUAUGCCACCAAUGCCAGACUUCCUCUGGAAAUUUUAGAGAAAAAAUUUAACCAAUUUCUAGUGGCUGCUCUCGUGGGCACAGUGUCUUGUCCAUCCUGGAACCCAGGAAUGAAUUCUCACAUAGUUUCCAACACAUGCUAAGAUCUGCACUUCCCUUGAGGGUGACAGCAGGGACCUUCCUUUCCUCAAUGGCAGCCUACUAUGUAGCAAACCUUUGUGAGUGGCCCCUAUGGGCCACAGGACCAAACUCCUGUGGACACAACUCUACCAUGCCAUGGAGGGCAUAACAGGGUGUGACUGUCCCCAGCUCUAGUCCUUGACCCUCAGUCCUUCCCUUGAGACCUGUGCACUGUGAAGACCCCAGGGAAUUUUGGCUAUUUUCCCAAAUCUGGGAGGCUGCCACUGAAAUAAAUGAGUACAGUUAACAAGAUAUCAAUGCCAGAGCCUGAACCAAAGCCUGAGGGACUCUUCCUCAGGUCCUUCCAGAAGCCACCACACCUGGUGCUCCAGCUCUGGAAGGACCCAGGGACUAGCCCUCGAGGCUUGACUGAAUGUAUCUCCCACCUGCAAGACUUGGCCACUGUGCCAAAUCCCAGCAGCCCACACACCAGCCCAGGGGAGGGGUCCAUACUGUCUCAUCCAUCCCACCUCAAUUCAAGCCCAAGAAUAAAGUUGUCAUCUUGAUACUGUG